UUCAGGCGCUCUACCGCGUGUACAAGGACCCCACCGUCAACCCGCAGUGAGAGGCGACAAGAUCCUGUUCCAGGACAAAAAGAAAUCCAAUAAAUGUUGGAGAUUUGGACAAAAUCUUGAUCCAUAAAAUACCCUUGUUGCCGCGAGGGCAACCGGAGCUGUGGGCGAUAGGAUUUUCCAAUUUUCAAUUCCUAUCGGUUGAUGCCGCUCCCGAUGUUGAGGCGACCGACGAAAGGAGUGGAGCCUGUGAAAAGACUGCGAAAAGAAGGAUGCCGCCCCCAAGCAGUGGAAUUUUUUAAGGUGCAUGGAGGGGAACGAACGGGAAAAGACCCGACAGCUGAGCGGGAGAGCCGAUUUGUUUUUGUUUUUAUCACAAAACUGUGGGCGGUGUUGGUUGGACAGAAGGGUGAGGCAUGUCGGAGGCUGUCUGUCUGCCUGUUUGGCUGGCUGGCUGGCGAUGAGAAGUGUGGCUGGGGUAUUUGGAGGGGGGCCCUGCCGAAGGAGACGUUGAGGUUCAUCCUCCGCUGUCGUGACGCAGGUGGUGAUAGCUUGUGAGAAGUAUUUAAAGAGCGAGAGGAGGGAGUAAAAAGUGCAUGUGGUAAGGGGAUUUUGUAUAGGGGAAUGGAUGCAUUUCACCUCCAGGAGCCCAGCGCCGUACAUCCUCCCUUGCGGAAUACUGUGGGGCGACUGGCUGCACCGGGGCCGAGCCCUUUUCGGCUUUAAAGGAGCUGAUUACACUAGUCUUUUCGGGGUCUUCAAUUGCGCGGCAGCGGCCACUUAUCAGCUCAGCUUAGCUCAGCCGGUCGGGAAGUAUUGCUGCCGCUGCUGCCGUGUCCCGAAAGCGCCGCGACCGACCGUAUACGGACGGUGGCGGGAGGGGGUUGCAACGGCGGCGGCCUUCCUCUUGACAUUGGCCUUCUCUCUCUCCCAGCCCCUGGAGUGCCAGCCGGCAGGAUCCCGAACACUCUCCCCCCCUCGAGCACGUCGGGCAAUUUUGCACCUUUGAGAGACGUUAUCCAACUCACUAUCGCCAUUAUCAUCGCCAUUAUCAUCGUCAUUCAUCAUCAUCAUCAUCAUCGUCAUCAUGGUCAUCAUCCCUCUUCCCCGUCGAGACUGCUGACUGCCCAAACACGGCGCCGCAAUCCCGUCCUCCGCACCCCAAGCACUAACGUUGCUGCCGCCUUGGUCUCCCUUAUCUCCCCACCCUACGCCAAGAACAACAAUAAAGGCCCAAUUCCCUCCCCUUCUAACUAACUAACUAACCGACCUCCUCCGGAGCCCCUAACGGAGCCAUUACCCACGGAGCCACAUCCACGCUUUCCUCCUGACCGCCCCCUGGCCGGCUGCUCUACCAGGGAGUUGACGACUCCGUUCCGCUGAGAAUGCGAACUCCACUCCACGGUAAUGGCAACAAUCACCACCACUACCACUGUCACGGGCGCGUUUCAGGGUAAAACCCUGGAACGCCCCUCUCCCUCUCCGCAGCCCCCCUGAUGCCGCCCUCCGCAACCCUCCACCCACCCUACUAAAGAGAUGUUACACCGGUCCCUCCGGUCUUUGUUUGCAUCACUCGGCUACGGGGCGGCCGGUAAAUGAGGGCCAUCACGAUGCGACAUCAGCAGCACCCCGCGCGCGCGCGUGUGUGUAUGUGUCUCUAAUUAGUUAGCAGCGCCAUUCUCCUGGGCUGCCUCGCAGCAGGGAGCGUCAAGACGCUUCUUACGUCAUGACGCAUCCUCUUUCCCUCU